CAACGUUACUCUGUGUGUCGUAACAGACUAACUAGUUUAAUGACAACGUUACUCUGUGUGUCGUAACAGACUAACUAGUUUAAUGACAACGUUACUCUGUGUAUUGUAACAGACUAACUAGUUUAAUGACAACGUUACUCUGUGUGUCGUAACAGACUAACUAGUUUAAUGACAACGUUACUCUGUGUAUUGUAACAGACUAACUAGUUUAAUGACAACGUUACUCUGUGUGUGGUAACAGACUAACUAGUUUAAUGACAACGUUACUCUGUGUGUGGUAACAGACUAACUAGUUUAAUGACAACGUUACUCUGUGUGUCGUAACAGACUAACUAGUUUAAUGACAACGUUACUCUGUGUGUGGUAACAGACUAACUAGUUUAAUGACAACGUUACUCUGUGUGUGGUAACAGACUAACUAGUUUAAUGACAACGUUACUCUGUGUGUCGUAACAGACUAACUAGUUUAAUGACAACGUUACUCUGUGUGUCGUAACAGACUAACUAGUUUAAUGACAACGUUACUCUGUGUGUCAUAACAGACUAACUAGUUUAAUGACAACGUUACUCUGUGUGUGGUAACAGACUAACUAGUUUAAUGACAACGUUACUCUGUGUGUCGUAACAGACUAACUAGUUUAAUGACAACGUUACUCUGUGUGUUGUAACAGACUAACUAGUUUAAUGACAACGUUACUCUGUGUGUCGUAACAGACUAACUAGUUUAAUGACAACGUUACUCUGUGUGUCGUAACAGACUAACUAGUUUAAUGACAACGUUACUCUGUGUGUCGUAACAGACUAACUAGUUUAAUGACAACGUUACUCUGUGUGUGGUAACAGACUAACUAGUUUAAUGACAACGUUACUCUGUGUGUCGUAACAGACUAACUAGUUUAAUGACAACGUUACUCUGUGUGUUGUGACAGACUAACUAGUUUAAUGACAACGUUACUCUGUGUGUGGUAACAGACUAACUAGUUUAAUGACAACGUUACUCUGUGUGUCGUAACAGACUAACUAGUUUAAUGACAACGUUACUCUGUGUGUGGUAACAGACUAACUAGUUUAAUGACAACGUUACUCUGUGUGUCGUAACAGACUAACUAGUUUAAUGAUAAAGUUACUCUGUGUGUGGUAACAGACUAACUAGUUUAAUGACAACGUUACUCUGUGUGUGGUAACAGACUAACUAGUUUAAUGACAACGUUACUCUGUGUGUGGUAACAGACUAACUAGUUUAAUGACAACGUUACUCUGUGUGUGUCGUAACAGACUAACUAGUUUAAUGACAACGUUACUCUGUGUGUCGUAACAGACUAACUAGUUUAAUGACAACGUUACUCUGUGUGUGGUAACAGACUAACUAGUUUAAUGACAAUGUUACUCUGUGUGUCGUAACAGACUAUCUAGUUUAAUGACAACGUUACUCUGUGUGUGGUAACAGACUAACUAGUUUAAUGACAACGUUACUCUGUGUGUGGUAACAGACUAACUAGUUUAAUGACAACGUUACUCUGUGUGUGGUAACAGACUAACUAGUUUAAUGACAACGUUACUCUGUGUGUGGUAACAGACUAACUAGUUUAAUGACAACGUUUCUCUGUGUGUCGUAACAAACUAACUAGUUUAAUGACAACGUUACUUGUGUGUCGUAAGACUAACUAGUUUAAUGACCGUACCUGUGUGUCGUAACAGACUAACUAGUUUAAUGACAACGUUACUCUGUGUGUGGUAACAGACUAACUAGUUAUGACAACGUUACUCUGGUGUCGUAACAGACUAACUAGUUUAAUGACACGUUACAUGGUGUCGUAACAGACAACUAGUUAAUGACAACAGUACUCUGUGUGGGUAACAGACUAACUAGUUUAAUGCAACGUUACUCUGUGUGUCGUAACAGUACUAACUAGUUAAUGACAACGUACUUGGUGUCGAACAGACUAACUAGUUAAUGACAACGUUACUCGUGGUGGUAACAACUAACUAGUUUAAUGACAACGUACUCUGUGUGUGGUAACAGACUAACUAGUUAAUGACAACGUUACUCUGUGUGUGGUAACAGACUAACUAGUUUAAUGACAACGUUACUCUGUGUGUGGUAACAGAGGCCCAGGAGAGACCCUACUAUGCAGACUACUCCCCGGUGCGUCUCACCGUCCACACGUUGUGUACCAGCCACUACCUAGACCUCUUCAUCACCGUCAUCAUCGCCACCAACGUCCUCACCAUGAGCAUGGAGCACUACAACCAGCCGCAGGUAACUAUAGCAACCACUCUACAUGGGUAACUAUAGCAACCACACAACACUACAACAGCCUCGGGUAACUAUAGCAACUACACAACAGUACAACCAGCCUCAGGUAACUAUAGCAACCACACUACACAGGUAACUAUAGCAACCACACAACACUACAGCCAGCCCCAGGUAACUAUAGCAACUACACUACACUGCAACCAGCCCUAGGUAACUAUAGCAACCACUAUACACAGGUAACUA